AUGGAGUUGAUAAAUAUCAAAUCAAAUCUUGUCGAUGAGGCUGAUGCAAAGACUUUAAUGAUGAGUUUAAGAAGUUCUUUAGAAGGAGUUAUAAUCAAUCAUUUUGGAAGUAAAAUAGGAGAAGAAGCUUGUGCAAGAACAAUUCUCAAGAGUGAAGAGAUUUCAGAAUGGAUGAAAGUUAAUUAUGAGAAACCAAGCAUAUUGUUUGUUGCUUUGAAGCAGACCCUUGUCAAAAAACAUGCACCAUCAGUGGCACUUAAUGUUGAGAAAGGUUCUACUUCUAAACCGCAAGGUGGACAGAAGAAGAAAAAGUCUCACAAAGCUAAGACAACUGCACCUCUAACUGGGGGAGUGAAAAAGUCUAAGGGUAAGUGUUUUCAUUGCAAGAUGUCAGGUCAUUGGAAGGCACAUUGUCCAGUUUUCUUAGCGAAGAAGAAAAAUAAACCAGGGGUUUCAAGAAACGCGCAAUCUGAUUAGAGGUGAAGUUAGCGUUUUUUAAGCAGAUGGCUCUACAGCUCCAGUUUUAGCAUUAGGAAAUAUUACUUUUUCGUUUGAUAGUGGUAGAGUUUUAAUUUUAAAAGACGUUCUAUAUGCACCUGCUGUUAGAAGAAAUUUGAUUUCAGUUUCUAAAGUUUUGAGAGAUGGUUAUGAUGUUAGUUUU